AUGACAGAACAUAUCUUCACUGAAGAUCAAAAAAUGUUUAUAUUACGAAUUGCAAGAGAAUCAGGGGGAAACGAAAUCAGAAAAACAAAACAACAAAAUUACUCCAAAGAAGCUGGUGCUUUGGGGUUGACUUUUGUUCCUGGUGGAACAUUUGUGACUUAUAAAAUCAAUGGGCAGCUUAGGGGAUGUAUUGGGUGCUUUUCCCCACACAAACCGUUUUACGAACUUGUGCAGGAGUAUGCCAUUGAGGCAUGUAAGGACUACCGUUUUAGAAGGAUGAAACCAGUGGAGUUUGACAACACAACCAUUUCGGUGUCAUGUUUAUCCAAAAUGGAAGAAAUUAAAGACCCUCUCAAAACUGUCAUUGCAGGCAAACAUGGUAUUUACGUUGAGUACGGACAAGACGACGGAACGUUCCUUCCACAAGUUGCAACAGAACAAAAAUGGGAUACAAAGACUUUUUGUUUGGAGUGUGCGUAUAACAAGGCUGGAAUAAGCAGAAGUGUUGAUGUCUUUAAUAACCCGAACGUGCAUUGGAGUAUUUACACUGCAACAAUAGUCUCUGAAUAG